GUGAAAGAUUCAUUAUUUUGAAGUGCGCAACACAGCUCAAUUGAUGGAAUUACUGAAUUGCGAGGGAAAAGUAAACUUUAACACUGGAUUAACUUGUAUGGUGGAAUAUCAAUUCUAAAGGUAGACUCGACCUUGUAUUAUUCCACAUUUUGGUUAAUUUUGUUAAUCACGCUCAACUGUAGUUUUAACGUUUCUAACGGUUCCUGAACCAGGGACAAGUGGUCUUUACGCACAUUUUGCGCCAUGGCGAACUCGUGCCUUCAACUGAGCGGUUUUCUCAUCAGCUGCCUCGGCUGGCUGGGCAUCGUGAUCGCGACAUCCACCAAUGAUUGGGUGAUUAUGUGUAAAUACGGUUUGAACACCUGCAAGAAGAUGGAUGAGCUGGGAGCCAAGGGACCCUGGGCGGACUGUGUCAUCUCCACAGGACUCUACCACUGCGUCUCCCUAACGCAGAUCCUGGACCUGCCAGCCUACAUCCAGACGACUCGUGCCCUGAUGAUCACUGGUUCAAUACUGGGUCUCCCAGCAGUGGGAAUGAUUCUCAUGUCCAUGCCGUGCAUUAGUCUCGGCAAUGAACCCCAGAGCUCCAAGAACAAGCGCACCAUUCUGGGAGGAGUGCUUAUAUUCAUAGUUGCACUGUGUGGUAUGGUGUCUACGGUCUGGUUUCCCAUCGGCGCUCACCAGGAGCAGGGCCUCAUGUCAUUCGGCUUCUCCCUCUACACUGGAUGGGUGGGCACUAUCUUCUCCUUGCUGGGCGGGUCCAUUCUUACUUGUUGCUCCUCAGAUUCAUCCUCAUCUCGCUCCUACCAGGACAACAAUCGUUUCUACUACUCCAAACAGGGAGGUGGCAACCCGCCAGCAGCCCCCUCUGCCAAUCACGCCAAGAGCGCCCAUGUCUGAGAUGGGAGAGAUCUCCCAAGUGGAUGUGUAGGGGACCAUAGUUUGUAUAUAGAGACAUAUACGCUAGCACACACACCCCAACACACAUGUACACAUACAAUCACAUUUACAUGCAAACCUAUACUGGAAGAGAAAAAGACACACUAGCACACUCAUUCAUGUUGGUUCGUCAAGAAAAUUACACAAAUUCUUCAGUGAGCGCACAAACAUACAUAAAAGAAACAUUCCCUCAUCCAAACACACAAAGGCUGUUUUUGUUGGAGCUCUUUUUUCGCCGAUGGAUUGUUUUUGUAUCACAGAGCUCAUCUUCCAGCCUCCUCAUUUUGGUGUGGUGUGGACUCUCCCCACUGUUACAUAAUUGUACAAGCUGCCUGCACAGCAGCCUGAGGUCCUAAUCAUCUGAGGCCUUGUGGACUGAGAUAUUGAUCUUCUAUAUUACUUUUAUUUUUCUAUUUCGAUGCUCCUAGAGAUUAAAUCUCAUGAGUGUCUUUGUUCAAUGUUUAAAAAAAAUCAUUAUCUGUUGUUUUGAUAAGAGCAGGGCUUGAUUGAAUGUGUUCAUUAACAUUGUUUAUGUACAUUUAUUGACAGUAUUGUAAUGGUAAAUGGACUGUACUUGUAUAGCGCCUUUCAAGUCUUCCAACCACUUAAAGCGCUUUACACUACAAAUCACAUUCACCCCAUUCACACACAUUUAUACACUGAUGGCAGGUGCCAACUGCUCAUCAGUCCAAAGAAACUAACUCAUUCACACACACUCACGCACCAAGCAAUUUGGGGUUCAGUAUCUUGCCCAAGGACACUUCGACAUGUGGGCUGGGGAAGCCGGGAUCGAACCGCCGACCUUCUGAUUAGUGGAUGACCCGCUCUACCUCCUGGCUUGGGCGACUCUAUAGUGAAUUUGCCUCUCGAGUGAUAGACUUGAUUAAAAAAAUUUAGCACUGUUCAUGUGUACAUUGUGUGUGUACAAUGUCAAUGUACAUUUCACAAGAGAGCUUUAACCAGCAGUGUUACAGUCUGUGUUAGAGUCUUAGUACAGUGUGUACACUGACAUGGAAAAAAUGACUUAUUAGAGAGUACAAAACCUUAAUAUUUUGUCCAUAACUCCCUCAUCUGAUAGUAAUAUUUCAUAAUCCAAAGUUACCUUACACAUUAUGUGACUAACUUGCGUCUAUUUUAAAUUUGAAUAACAGAGUGACAAAAAAGCAGCUUAUCCUGUAACUGUGGAAUUAUAAAUUUCCAGUAAACAUCUUAGUCAAACUUCCUCAGAGAGUAGCUCUUUAAAAGGUAUGUAGCUUUCACUAGUGUGCACAAAAAAUCAGUAUUAUGUAGAUUAGCUUCUCUUGAAGGAAUGUGAUGACUUGAAUAUUCAUUAUCUCAAAAGUACUCUGAACACAGAUGGAACCUGAUAUUUCCAAGAUGAAGGAAACUGAUAUUUCCAACUCAGAUCCAUGCUGAAGCAGUAUUAGCUGGUUAUUUAUUGUUUCACUGAUGUGCUAUUGUUUGAUUUUCUAUAAUAAAGACAAAAUAAUUAAAACUG